GAUAGUAACAAAAUAAAAAUUCAAGCACCACAAAACUAACUACGGCAGCUUUUAUUGCUCGUCGCUAAAGUCGUUUUCGACUUUUCGUUAUAUAUUUGGGAACCUUUCCCGAAAUCAGCAACGAUUCCGCUCCACAAAUGGCGUCCAUUGCAGCAACCUGGUUAACCAAAACCCUGAUUUCUUCUUCUUCUACGCAAGCCCUGACAAAAACCCUUCAAAUCCCACAAUUCUUGUCCCUAAAUCAACGCAGACGGGUAUCUCCAACAAGAAUCCUUCAGAAAGCCGUAAAAGCGUCGAGCUCGAGCCCAAGCGCAUCCACUGACUCGUCUCCCGGGCUGUACUCUUCACAGCAAUUCGAGCUCACUGCUCAAAACGUGGACCGGGUUCUGGAGGAUGUCAGGCCUUACUUGAUUGCCGAUGGCGGAAAUGUCGACGUCUUGUCUGUUGAAGAUGGCAUCAUCUCUCUCAAACUCCAAGGAGCAUGUGAGAGCUGUCCUAGCUCAACAACAACCAUGAAAAUGGGGAUUGAAAGAGUUUUGAAGGAAAAAUUUGGAGAUGCAGUUAAGGAUAUUCGACAAGUGUAUGAUGUUGAAGAAAAGGAAACGACUGUUGAUGCAGUGAAUCGUCAUCUUGAUAUAUUGAGACCAGCUAUUAAGAAUUAUGGUGGGAGCGUGGAAGUAUUAUCCAUUGAGGGCGGGGAAUGCACUGUGAAUUAUACAGGGCCUGAAUCCAUUGGAUCAGGGAUCAAAGCAGCAAUCAAGGAGAAGUUCCCAGAUAUCGCCAAUGUUGUCUUAACUGGCUAGGUUCAUUUUAAAAUAAGAAGCUGCAGGUUUUGAUCUAUUCUACUUUUUUCACGAGGACUGAGAUUGCUUUCUUACGCCCGAAUUAUAAUGCCUUUUUGUUUAUGCAUGUAAAAUUUGGAUUAUAGAUAUGCAAAACCACGUGGCGACAGUGAUUAAAUCUUCGAUCCUGAUGCAUGGAUUAUCAUUGUCAUGGUCAUAUAUGUAAUCUUGUAAACACAGUCAAGAUUUCAUUUGGAAAUCAAAGUCAUUGUCAUCAUUCGAUACUCAGAAAGUUCCUUGCAGUUUUACUGAGUAGUAAAAUUCCGUAC